AUGCCAUAUGUUAUCAUUGAUUUUCGGUCGCAGAUUUUAGAAAUGAGGAACAUCUUGGUACUGGCAAUCUGUUCACUCGCAUCGGCAUGUGUCUAUAAGAAUGAGAAGUACAAGGAUGGCGAUACUUGGGUAGUGAGAUCGACAUUUGUGAUGAAAUGCAAGAUCAAUCCAGAUGGCUCAUGGAGCACAAAGGUGAUUGGAUGUAGGACAGGCAAUGGUGUCGUUGUUCAACCAGGACAAGUAAUUGCUGAAGGAGACACUGUAUGUAUAGCUGAUCACUAUAACGAAAAUAAUUACCGAAUGAAAAAGGCGAUAUAAAU